AUGAGGAGCUACUUGGUCGUUGCCGGCCUGAUGUUACUGGUUGUCACAAUACCUGCAUACGCGCAGAGUCAGACGGUGACUGUAACGGUAAAUCAGCAGUCUUUUGCCCAGGGGGAGAGCAUAGUGGUCUCGGGUACCGUCUCUGCGGCGCUAAUCGAGCACCCGAUAAUACUACAGGUGUUCAGCGCGAACGACAACUGGCUGGAUGCGGGCCAGUCCACGGUGGCGCAGGAUGGAACAUUUGCCUACAUAUUUAACACCGGGGGGGAUCGGUGGAGCACGCCUGGCCGGUACUCUGUAGUGGCCCAUUAUUCCGAUUCGACGGCGGAGGUGGAGUUUUCCAUAACGGAAGCCAGGCUGCCGACCAAUGGAGGUGAUCCGAUUCGCGCAGACUGCACGCAGACAGUUGACGGGGGUGCCCUUGGAGAGGUGGAGGUAAGGUGCAGCAUAUCCGGCGGGACGGUGAACAGCAUGAGAAUGGCAGUCGAGGAUCUCAGCAUCGUGCUGCGCAUCAGCUCGGAGACGGACGGCAACAUCUCCCUGAACCUUCCGGUGGCCCUGAUUGACGCAAAGGACAUGAACGGCAGCAAUGAGAACUUUAUCGUCAGGAUAGAUGAUGUCCAAGUGCCGCACGAGGAGACCGGAACCAGCACAAUCUCCAGAACUGUGGACUUUGACUUUAUCCGGGGCGAGACCAUCAUCGAGAUAAUAGGUACUAGGGCGGUUCCUGAGUUCGGCACCGUGGCGCUGAUAGUAUUUGCGCUGGGCUUUGCCGCCGUGGCUGCAAUGAAGAGGCCCGGCCUGUUUGGCACCUCGGGGUUCCGCUAG